AGGUGGCGCCAGUGCAUCAUGUAGAACCAUAUGUGCGCGAACUUUGUAACCAGUCACACGAAAACUUUUUCGGACAUAGUUUCACUAUUUGGGACAUAAAGGAUAUGUAACAUCAACUUCAGACGUCUGGAAUGAAGAAAUGAAUGUUAUCGAGCUUGAGCAGACGGCCCGAGCUCAGAGCCCUGUCCCAUAGACUGACCGGAAGGACAGCAGAGAUGGAAGCUGCUUGGGACAUUGCAUUCGUGCUCUUCCAGGUGUGGCUGUCCAUAGUAGUGGGGCUCAUCAUGUUACCUGCUAUGUUUGGCAUGUCCCUGGGCUUCACAGAUAUCUACAUCAAAGUGCUGGUUAAGACACUGGAGUGGGCGACUCUCAGGAUCCAAAGAGGACAGAAUGAACAGCCAACACUGCCAUCACAGUCAGCCAAUGGGAUCAUCGAGAAAGAUGAUGGCUCUAUGGAGGAGAAGAUCAGACAGCUGAGACGAUCCCAUCCUGAUAACCUGGCAGGGGGAGACUUCACACUGUGUGAUGCCUUCUAUUUCUGUAAGAAAGGCAUUGAGAACAUUGUUGAGGAUCAGGUGACUCAGCGCUUCACGUCGGAGGAACUGGCUUCUUGGAACCUCCUCACGCGAACCAACAACAACUUUCGUUACAUCAGUGUACGGCUCACCAUCAUAUGGGGCCUGGGAGUUUUUAUACGUUACUGUAUCUUGUUGCCUCUCAGGAUCACGUUGGCUGUUAUUGGAUUGAGUUGGUUGGUGAUAGGAACUACUCUUGUUGGAUUGCUUCCUAGCAGCAAUGUGAAGAACUGGCUCAGUGAUUUGGUUCAUAUUACAUGCUACAGAAUAUGUGCCAGAGCCCUGUCUGCCACCAUCCGCUAUCAUAAUAAAGAGAAUCGGCCAAAAAAAGGAGGUAUCUGUGUUGCCAACCACACCUCCCCGAUUGACAUUGUCAUUCUGGCGAAUGAUGGAUGUUAUGCUAUGGUAGGUCAAGUUCAUGGAGGCCUCAUGGGGGUCAUCCAGAGGUCAAUGGUGCGGUCCUGUCCCCAUGUGUGGUUUGAGAGAGCCGAGAUGAAAGAUCGCCAUGCGGUUGCCAAAAGGUUGAAAGAACAUAUUGCUGAUAAAACUAAGCUGCCAAUCCUGAUCUUCCCAGAGGGAACUUGCAUUAAUAAUACGUCAGUCAUGAUGUUCAAGAAGGGAAGCUUUGAAAUCGGUGGCACUAUAUACCCAGUAGCAAUCAAGUAUGACCCUCAGUUUGGAGAUGCCUUCUGGAACAGUGCCAAGUACAACAUGGUGAGCUACAUCCUCAGAAUGAUGACAAGCUGGGCCAUUGUGUGCAACGUGUGGUACCUCGCACCUAUGACUCGACAGGAUGGAGAGGAUGCUGUUCACUUUGCUAACAGAGUGAAAUCAGCCAUAGCACAGCAGGGAGGUCUGGUGGAUUUGUCCUGGGAUGGAGGACUGAAGAGGGAAAGGGUGAAAGAAUCAUUUAAGGAGGAGCAGCAGAAGAUGUACAGCAGUAUGAUCGUAGGCUAAGACUGUCACGAAGCCUCUGUUGGUUCAGAGUAAAUUUCAUCUCACACUAUUUAUGAACUUGAUCUGAAAGUAUGAAACACUUCUAGCUCAGCCACCAGACACAAUCAUUCAGCAUCCAUCAGCACAGGCCCGCUGUUGUGCGAUGCUGCACCUUUUGAUUCAGCGAUAUUUUGUUUUGUUAAACUGAGAUCUGAAUCUCUUUUCUUGAGAUCUGAACUUGUAAUUCCUUGGGCAUGUUUUUAAAUGUUCUUUAUCACAUUCUUAAAAAUUGUGAUGAUGUAUAGUUACACGACUUACUGAACGUUGUUCUCAAUCGUUGUUGGGAGUUAGUAUGCCUAGUUUCCUUUACAAUACACUUUAUAGGUUUGCAUGUUAAAAUAUUCACUUUGUGCAUCUUCAUAUUGUAUUCCUGUUACAUGAUUUCUUAAAGAUACUAAAGCUGUGCACACUUUUCUCAGGUCCAGUGGGCUGUUCUUGUGUGGACACUAGAGGUCACUCUUACCAAACAACAAAAUUCGAGCCACAUCAUACAGCUCACUAUCACUAUUGCCUUUCCUAAUAAAAUAAUGAAAUUAAAUAUUCA